AUGUCUGGACUCAGCAAUCAAGUUCCUUACUACGACCACGCUCUUGAUUUGAUUCUCGAUGAAGAAUCUUCUUCUCAUGGUGAGAUCAUUACAGAGGAACAAAACGAAUUGAUCGAGUCAGCAGCCGAGGUGUUAUACGGAAUGAUUCAUUCUCGUUACUUAUUGACAUAUCUAGGACUCUGUUCUAUGUUAAACGUGAGUUUGGAAGAUGCCCAAGAGUUGAUUGUCGUGGCCAACAUUGUUUACCUAUUUGUCUAUCCGAUAUCCCUCGAGCAAGUACCGUGA